AUGACAGCGACAGACUCGACAUCUCUAUCUUCGCGAGUCCUCGCGUACCUUGGUCUGGCAUGGUAUUUCCUGAUAUGGACUGUAUGCCUUCUCGGUCUCAGCUUAGCACGUCAGUUCGCCAACUCAGAGUCUCCGAGAUCACCGCUAUCGCCACCAAGAUCCUCUGCGAUACUCACCAAUGAAUCAGAGGACUCAAGCAGCCUUGAUUCGCUCAUGCGCCGUCAACAGCAAGAAGUUGACUCCCACGCAGAGUCUGUACCGGGCGUUUCCAUUUUGCGUCCACUCAGCGGCCUCGAUAGCAAUCUCUACUCGAAUCUCUCAUCCUCUUUCUCUCAGGACUAUCCCAGGUCGCGCUUCGAGGUCAUCUUGUCGAUCCGCGAUACUUCGUCGCCAGAGUCUCAAAAAGUGCUCAACGUCGCUCGCAUGGUGGUCGCUGCCCACCCUCAGGUCGACGCUCGUAUCGUCGUCGGCGAUCAGUUCGCCGGCGUCAACCCAAAGAUCAACAACCUAGUUCACUCCUACGCAGCUUCCAAGUACGAUAUUCUCUGGGUCGUAGAUAGCCAGGUGUGGUCACCGUCUGGCGCUCUUGCACGUGCUGUCGACGAUCUCUGCGCCGAGCCGGCUUCAAGGCCUCGUCCCUCACCGACAUGGCUUCCGCGAAAACCUCACGGUGAUCGUGUUGGUCUUCUCCAUCACGUACCUUUUGCAGUUUUGCCUAGCACAUCGUGGGGCUCAAGAAUCGAAAGGGUCUUCCUCUCCACCACACACGCCAAAAUGUAUCUUGCUCUCAACGCUCUUAGCAUUGACUCUUGCGUCAUGGGCAAGAGCAACAUGUUUCGCAAGUCAGACCUUGCUUGCGUGCCCGAUUCGUUCUUCAAUGUGUCCCAUCAGGGCAGUCAGGGUGAGCAAGGCGCUAUUGGCAGUUUUGCCUUUUCGCAGCAGCCUCAGCCCUCUCCACAUACUCCAACAAGCCGGGCCGCCUCACCAUCCGUACAGAACAAUGCACGCCAGGGCAACACUCUGAACCAAGGCGGUCAGGAGCUGUCGAAUGAUCAAGUCAAAACGCUGUCUCGACCGUUGGCUCGUUUCUCCAUCUACCUAGCCGAGGACAACAUGCUUGCGCAGUCGCUCUGGGAUCUGCCUCUCAAUCUCUCUCAUACACUCUCCUCGUCCGAUCUAGCCUACACUUCAGUGGGCGACAUUCGAACGUUAGCUGACUACACAAGACGACGCAUGCGAUGGAUCCGCGUGCGCAAGUACAUGGUGCUUGCACCGACCCUGCUCGAGCCACUCACCGAGUCGAUUCUUUCCGGCAUCGUCGCAUGGUUUGCGCUUUCUACUCUCCUCUCGCCUGCGUUGUCAUCAACUUCAGAGCCUCUGCCCUUCUGGUCCCGAGUGCUCUUCUUCGCUUUGCACUUCGGUGCAUGGUUUAGCGUCGACUACACCGUCUUUCAGCGGUUGUCGGUUGCACACGAGUUUCUAUCCUGCAAUCCUGGCGUGGACAAUGCGGAUCGGAUGAGCAUAGUCGAGUUUACCGCCGCCUGGGCGUUUCGUGAAGCUUUAGCGCUUCCUAUCUGGGCAUGGGCGAUCUUGGGAAGCACAGUUUCAUGGAGGAACAAGACCUACCGGAUUCUCCGAGGUGGUCGAGCUGCCGUCGUUUCAACCUCUACUCCAUCAUCAAAAGCGGGUGUUAGACGUGCCAAGGCCGGUUUGACCCACGACGGGGAUCUUGACCCGCUUCUGACUUCAAAUAACUGA